ACGAUCUUUUUGCUGCUUGUGUUCGUUUUGAGUGCGAGAUCAUAUCCAGUGCUCAACAAACAAGAAACGUCCCAAUGCUCAGCAAGAAACAUUGCAAUCGUUCGCCGGAUAGUUCUUGACGAAUCGUACUUCUGCAAGUGGUGGUUAUCCGAUGCUCGGACCCGGUCGCCUUUCUUGGAGUUCACUCCGGCCCAGGUCGAUAAGCUCUGCAGAUGUAUCGUAACGACAUCCCCAAAGUCCAAACGUGAAGAUACUUCCACAGAUGAGUCUCUUCUCGAGAAGAGACAGACAAAGGCUGCAUGCAGCGCCGAAGUCAGCAUCCAGUUCACACAACCGUGGCGCUUCUGCAAAUUCUACAAUGCCUACCCCAGAACGACCUCUCCCUUUGCAAAAUAUUCUGCCAAGCGACUCAUCGCACUCUGCAACUGUGCAACUGACCAGGCUACAUCUUCCACAAAGAAAUCUUCUUCAUCGGUUUGCAAAAAUCCAUCCUCCUCAGAAAAAUCAUCUACUUCUAAGCGUCUGUCGACCACAAAGACAUCGUCAACACAGCGACCCACUUCAACCAAGAAGUCAUCAUCGACCCAGAAGACAACUAGCAGUCUGAUCAAAUCUUCAUCGCAGACAUCGUCUAGAUCGUCAACGAAGACCUCGUCCAUGAGCAAGAGUACACCCAGUUCUGUCAAGCAAGUCAUCAGCUCGUCAUCAAAGUCAUCGUUAACGAGCAAGGCCAGCACUACCACGAGCAAGCCCAGCACUGCCUUGACCAAGGCCAGUACUAUUACGAGCAAGCCCGUCUUGAAGAUCUCCUCAUUGAACACCGUCUAUUCCGAACGUUCCUUCGCUCAGGCCUUCAUCCAAAUCCUCGUCUUCGACAAAGAUCUCCAGCAGCUCAGCAAAUUACACCCCGAAGUCCUCGUCAACGCUCAGUAA